CCCAGCCUCGGGGUCCCAGGCUGAGGGAGCCGGGCGGAAGUGAGCGGGUCCCGCCCCUUCCCCCUCUCGUUUUCGUCGGAGCCGCCGCCGCCGCCGUUGCCGUUACCGCCGCCGCCUGCUCUCCGUGCCGUACCCUCGGUCCCCGGCCGCGCGGAGCCGGGAUGCACUGCUCCUGCUGUGGGUCCUCAUCAUGGAGACUAAACGGGUGGAGAUUCCCUGCAGCGUCCUGGACGAUCUCUGCAGCCGAUUUAUUUUGCAUAUUCCCAGCGAGGAAAGAGACAAUGCUAUCCGAGUGUGUUUUCAGAUUGAACUUGCCCAUUGGUUUUACUUGGAUUUCUACAUGCAGAACACACCAGGAUUACCUCAGUGUGGGAUAAGAGACUUUGCUAAAGCUGUCUUCAGUCAUUGUCCAUUUUUGCUGCCUCAAGGUGAAGAUGUGGAAAAAAUUUUGGAUGAAUGGAAAGAAUAUAAAAUGGGAGUGCCAACAUAUGGUGCAAUUAUUCUUGAUGAGACACUUGAAAAUGUAUUACUGGUUCAGGGGUACCUAGCAAAAUCAGGCUGGGGAUUUCCAAAAGGAAAAGUAAAUAAAGAAGAAGCUCCUCAUGAUUGUGCUGCUAGAGAGGUCUUUGAAGAAACUGGUUUUGAUAUUAAAGAUUAUAUUUGUAAGGAUGAUUACAUUGAACUUCGAAUCAAUGACCAGCUUGCUCGUUUGUACAUCAUUCCAGGAAUUCCAAAAGAUACCAAAUUUAACCCGAAAACCAGAAGAGAAAUUCGGAACAUUGAGUGGUUCUCCAUUGAGAAAUUGCCCUGUCAUAGAAAUGAUAUGACCCCAAAAUCCAAACUUGGUUUGGCACCAAACAAAUUUUUUAUGGCCAUUCCUUUUAUCAGACCAUUAAGGGACUGGCUUUCUCGAAGAUUUGGCGAUUCCUCAGAUAGCGACAAUGGAUUUUCCUCAGCUGGUAGUACACCAGCUAAACCCACUGUGGAAAAAUUGAGUCGAACCAAAUUCCGCCACAGUCAGCAAUUAUUUCCUGAAGGUUCUCCCGGUGACCAGUGGGUAAAGCACAGGCAACCACUGCAACAAAAACCAUAUAAUAAUAAUCAUUCUGAAAUGUCUGACCUUUUAAAAGCAAAGAGUCAAAGUAUGAGGGGAAAUGGCAGAAAACAGUAUCAAGAGUCACCUAAUCAAAAGAAAAGAACAAAUGGGGUCCACAGCCAGCCAGGCAAGCAGCAGAAUCCCUUGAUGAAAUGUGAAAAAAAACUUCAUCCACGAAAGCUUCAGGAUACUUUUGAAACAGAUGCUGUAUAUGACUUACCUUGCUCCGGUGAAGACCAGUUGCUAGAACAUGCCGAGGGCCAGUCUGUGGCAUGUAAUGGACGUUGCAAGUUCCCCUUUUCAUCCAGAGCCUUUUUGAGUUUCAAGUUUGACCAUAAUGCUAUAAUGAAAAUCUUGGACCUUUGAUAGCAACAAAUGUGUUGUGGAAGUUCCAAGAUCAGAGACUUGUUGCAUUUGAGUGGGUGUCUCUUUGAGCCUUACCUUUCUCAGGUGUUUUAAAGAAAUGCAGGGAGGCAAUGAUGUUUCUGAAGAGAUGUUCUAUGUGCAGAAGAGAGAGUAGAAAAACAUGAGUUUGCACUGUAAAUGCAGUUAUAACUUUUUAUACAUAUGUACCUUUUCAGUGUUUGGCUAAUGAAUUUAAGUUGCUUUUUAU